UGUGAAAUUUUCCUGUCAUUUGAUACUUGAUAGUAGCCCCAAUCGAAAGCCUUGAAGGAGAAGCGGCGUAGGCUUUCUUCCUCGUAUAUAUAACACUAUAAAUUGGGAACAAAUCAACACUUGGCACAAGUUUAUCUUGCUAAAUUGCUUCAUCAUCAAAUUAGGAAGGCGUGCUCGGAUUUUUUAGUGUUAACAGGGGCUUUAUAUGCUGAAAUCGCACGUGAUCUGAUUGUUGUUCCUAGAUGGAAAUCUUCCUCUAGAUAACAUUUAUCUUGAAAUUUUGAUGCUGUUGUUUAUGUUUUUCUCCUUGCGUAGAGAACUGGCUGCCCCUCAAGUAUAAUAGGCGAAACACCCAGGGCCAAAAUCCAGUGGCCAAGGUGGCUCCACCUCUGCUCUACAUGCUUGAAGAUGUCGAUGUGGGCAAUCACAAUUCUUAUGCAGGUAGGUAUAAAUGGAAUUUAUCAAAGUAGAUUCUCUGCCAGUAUAGGUUCUUAUUCAAGUUUCAAGUAUUAAAGGCUCGUUUGUAAGUAUGUGAGAAGCAAGCUUAAAAUGGCUGUCAAAUGUGUGCAAAAUUUUCUUCUAGGAGCAAAGCAUUUUAGAAAUAGGCAAAACCUGGGAACCAAUUUGAGACUGGUGUAUUAUCAUUCAGAAGAAAGACCCCAUGAAGAAGAAGAGGCUUUGUCUUCUGAAUGGUAUGAGAAGGCUUUCUUAAAGCUAACAAAAUUGAGUCAAUUGUUGAAAAAUGUAGAUUUGAUUGAUGGAAGACUAAUUAAUCUCAAUGACGAUUCAAGAAUUUUCGACUAUAAGCUGGAGCACAAAAUGCAAACACUCAAGUCUCUUGUUAGAGCGUUUAUUGGGUGUUUUUCGGUUCAAGAAACGAUGAGGAAGAACUUGAUGACCUCAUUUGCUGAUGAUCCACGAUGCAGAGAAUUUCAGUGCUUUACUAAACCAAGCGAAAGGGAUCCAAUUACUUUGAGCUCGUUGACCAAAGUGGCUGACAUUUUGAACAUUUCUGCACAGCAAAGGAAGAUUGUAAGGCAUACAAUAUGCCCUCAAGUGACACAGCACCAGAUAUGGACUGGUGCACUCGAGGAUGUACUGAAUGGAUUGAAAUCUGAGAUUGAUUUUCUGAUUCAUUGCUGCAAACGUAAAGAGAUAAACUUGGCACAGCAAAUAGUUGCGAGUUGUAAGAAGUUAUUAGAUUCUGCUAUAUUGCCUGACCCAGAGUCAACUUCAUGGAUGCGCCUCAUGCCUACAAAAGGUGAGGAUUUGUCUCCUUCUUACAAAUGGGAAGAUGUUCUUGAGAUGUUAGUUGAUCUUAUUAACUGCUUAAGUGAAGAAAAGAGACUAAUUUUGCAUGUUACGAAGCUUGAGGUCAUGAAAGAAGGACUAUAUCAGAUUAGGGAUGUCUUGAUGGAUAAGAAUAUUGGAUAUCGGGAGGUCCGACAUCAAGAAAAUUUAGUGCAGAAGAAAUUGACAAAGGCAUUAGGUCAUUCAUCUCGAUGUUUGUUUACCCUUUUGUUGUACUAUCUUCACGGCUGUGUGAAAGACAUUGAAGUAGACGUUAGAGGGGGAGUUCAUAAACUUGAUGGUGAGAAUAAGUUUUGCUUAUACAUGGGGAAGAUUUUGACAUCAGAUGAGGAGAAGGCAGUUCAGAUUGGGGUGAAGCAACUGGAUAGGGCUCUUGGGGUUUUCAAGUUUGUGAUGGAAACAGCAGGGAUGAAAGGAGAUCUGGUGCUGCAGGGCCAUCUGUGGUGUGUUGGAGCUGAGAACAGGUUGUUCCCAUAUAGAGGGAAUACAUACAUAUUACAUGGGAUUAAUCUUUGAUGUAAGAUGCAAAGUAAGAAAGAGUAAGGUAUUCUUUAACUUAAAAUUCAUGGUUGUCCAUCAAUUAUUAAAAUUUCAAGAAUUAUGCAUUUUGAGGUUAAAAUUAAUUGUUAAUUUUGAUUUAGAUUUUAUAACUUUUGUAGCUAUACCAAACAUGGGAUAAGGAAAUAGAUAUUAAAUUUAGGUUUGAGAAUGAAAGUUGAGGGCUUAGUUGUUCAAUCUUGCUACACAUACAUUCUUGUUGACAUUCUGUUUCACAUUGUACUAUGUGGCGCACAAUUUUAUCAUUGAUUUCUCCAACUGUUAAAACAAUGAAAGACAUUUUAUUGUGGAACAAAAGUUGACAAGUGUCAAUAUUCAA